AUGCUCCUUCAACAAAUGUUAAUGGACAUGGGGGUGAUUCCUCCUUCAAGUGGUGGCAGAGUUUGUCCAUGUUGUGGAGAGGAAGUGCAUGAUGAUGAAGAUGAGGAAGAUGAGGAUGAGGAUGAAGAAGAAGACAAUGAGGAGGAUGUUGAAAUUUAUACUGGUGACAAGUCACCAUUUGGCAGAGUUUUUGGUCUUGUAUCCAAAGAAUUGAAGGAGAAAAAGCUCAAAGCAAAAAAGCAAGCUAAAGAUGCCAAACAAAUCAAAAACCGUGGAGUGGUAAUUGAGGACAUUACUGAAUCAGAAGAAAAAAAGGCCAAAGAGUUUUUACAAACUGAUGUAGUUGAGGGCUUCUUUGAAACGAUGCAAGAAGAAGCUAUGGAGUCAGUUUUGAAAACAGUAUGUGUAAUCUUAUCAUGUGAUCCUUGUUCGAAUGAAGAUUCAAUUUACUAUCGUACCUUACUCAAUGCAUUGAGACCACUCCUUACCGAUGUGAGGAAGAUGAUGUUGCUUCAGGAACUGAGAAGAACCGCUAAUAAUCCAAAAUUUAAUAUUAGACCCUCCACUCCUGGAUAUUUGAAGUAUCUCAGUGCUUAUGAAAUUCAUCCAAGUAAUGAAUUUCUACAACAAUUUGUUGAGAAAAAGUUUAUUCCUAAGAGUCAACAACCAACUUCUGAAUGGGUCACAAAACGUGCAGAUGUGCUUAAUAGUGCCAAGGCAACAAUAAUAUCAAAAAAGCAAAAAAAGGAACAUUUGGAAAAAUCUGGAAAGCCACUUGAUAGUUUAUAUUUCGAUACAAAUAAUUUCUCUGAAGAUCGUGAAUUUGAUGUUGAUCCAACAGACCCUGAAACUAGGGGCAUCACUGACGAAACAGAAUUAGAAAGAAUGAGAGAGUACAAGACAGAUGGUGCUAGAAUUAAGAGAAUAACCAUUGGAAAUUGGUCUCCUGAUCCUUCGUAUGAUGGUCAAUUCCGUAUCAAGGUUAAUCCAUAUAGACAUGCCCUCAUAUACACAUUCUAUACUUAUUCACCACUUUACCAAAACAACUUCCAAUCUGAACAAGAAAGAUUAACAUAUUUCCCUGUAUUGAAAUCUGCCUUGACUGAGGCUGGAUUGAAAGGUUUAAUGUUUAGAGAGUUUGAAAGACUUAAAAAUAGUAUUGUUUUAGCGAUGGAAAUUAAUUUCAAACAAAUUACUGGUAUACAUUUCCAAAAAGUUGAUGGUAUUGAUUCCAAGAUUAUGCCAAAUCCACUAUCUUUACUUGUUUUGGAUCUAGCUGUACCAACAAACAUAUUUUAUACACGAAGAGUAUCAUGCAAUGAUCCCUCCAGAAAUAGAUGGACUCAACGUAAUGAUUUUACCACUAACAAGCAAGCAUCUAUUCAUCUUCGUCACUAUAUUAUGGGGGAUGAAAGAGAGCUCAGCAGACUUCUAGCUAUCAUGAUAAUAUCUGAUAGCUCCAAGAAUAUACUGAAUAUCUAUACAAAUGGUAUGAAAUCAAUUUCGAUGACUUCUCUUCCUACCCGUAAUCCUCUAAACUCAACACUCAAAGAUACCAAGUUGGCAUCACUCUUUGUAAAAAUGAAUCUUGCCAAACCAAAAGGUAGUUCAGCUGUUCUUCAUGAAGGUCUUUUUGAGAAUUUUUGUUUUAAGAGAUGUUGUGCUACUCUCAAUAUUCAUACAAUGGAAAAAUUAUUAACAAUGCCAGUUGGUCAACUUUUAGAUGAUGUGGGUUUAUCAAUUUCAGGAAUUUCAAAACAAGAACUUGCUGAACUUCAAGUUUACCAAACGUUAUUUAAUGAAAAAUUCAAAUCUGCAGGAAUCUACUUUUCAUUCUGUCGAGCUAGAUUCUAUAAGACAAGUGAAUAUGGUCAUUCCAUUUCAAAAGGAGAUUGUUGUUUGCUAACCGCUCAGGGAUCUCGUCUAGCCACCUUUAACCCUAAACACCCUGUUAAGCCUUCUGCUUAUGCACAAACAAAUUCCUUCUAUACACAAGACGACAAACAAGAAGAGGAAUCAAGAUGUGAAACUUACAAUGAACUUGUUUCUCCUUGGUUCUUUGAAAAGAAAAAUUCAGUUAAAUUCUACCCUUAA